GUUGCCUCAGAAAGAGCAAGCCGGCGGAUGUUUCUCUCUUGGUAUGACCAGUGGCAAUAUCGAUCAGAAAUGCCGCACAGACUUUUGCGCGCCGAAAUAUGCGUGCGACAGCUUUAACCUAACCACUUCGGUGGAAAGCGGAUUUCUGUUCGAUACGGUGUCGGGAGUGCUGAGGGGGGAGGGCUUGGCCCUUGUGGUUGAAGGUGGUAAGGAAGUGGGAACAGGGGGUGGCAGUGUCGGGGGUCUGGGGGAACAUGGGCUUGAGUGGGGGGUGCCUCAGAAAGAGCAACACGGCGGGUGUUUCUCUCUUGGUGUGACCGGUGGCAGUAUCGAUCAGCAAUGCCGCACAGACUUUUGCGCGCCGAAAUAUGCGUGCGACAGCUUUAACCUAACCACUUCGGUGGAAAGCGGAUUUCUGUUCGAUACGGUGUCAUGGGUACCAGGGAAGACGGGGCCGAGUUUUGUUUGAUUUCGGGUGGAUGAGGUUGGGGUUUUGUUCGUUUUCUCCAUCUAAGGUUCGUGCCUAGGGUUCAGCUGUAGUGUUUCGCCCAAAGGUUUGUUGACUUAGAGGCAAACAUUCCUAGCUUUUGGGCAUCGAGUUAAUUUGGCUUGGCAUGACGGCCUUUACGAUCGACUUUUUAUGUAUGCCUGCCUUUAUCUGCAAUUGUCGGAGGGCAAACAAAAUAAAAAUAA